AUGCGUACUAAGAUCUCUGUUUUGCAAAAUGAGAAAAUAGGAAAUGAGAAUCUGAAGAAUGACCUUGUCCGCAGAAUAAAGAUGCUAGAAUAUGCUCUCAAACAGGAGCGUUUUAAAAACUUUACCUUGAAGUAUCCUACUGAAACGGUUGAGGAUACAAAUGUCAGCGAUAAUCUUAGUGAAAAUAUCGGAAGACCAGGUGGACUUAGUACUCUUGAACGCGCUCGUUUACGAGAGUAUUUGAUGCGCAUUGGAAUGGGCAAACUGUCGACGGAAUUGAGGAUAACAAAAGUUAAGGAGCUUCUUGGUAUUUCGCCGAGACAUGAUGGACCAGAUUUUGAGAAGUUUGAAUCUGCGUUAUCAGAAUUCAGUUUCUUACCGGAGUCUCAAGAUGAAGCUGCUGCAUCUUCCGAAAACUCGAGCAAGGAAGUUUCUCAGCAAUGUGAUGAAACAGCCAGUGCCCUUUCUGAAUUUGACAAUCUUGUUGCUCAACAAGCUCCUGACGAAGGUACAUCGGAAGUUGAUUUUCUUGUUGACGCAGUUACCUCUGGUGUCAUGGAACCAUCAAGUAGUUGGGCCUCAGGCGACCAGUGUGCAUUGGUCGAUCGACUUAAAGAACAUUAUCGACUUGGCCUUCCAAUCAAUCGAAGCGCACAGCCACACCAGACCAACUCAUCAACCUCCGUUGAGGUGCCUAUGCCCCCGGACACCUAUGAUGAAAUGGAGUUAUUUUCCAGCCACGGCCGUCGAUUCCAGAAUGUCGUCACGCAUCCCCGCACUCUGCCCGAGGAGGUGCUCCUGGUGGCCGGCGGCGGUGAGGGCGGCGGUGGUCUCGGUGAUCUGGCCAGUCUCACCUCUGCCUCCGCCCUCGACAAUCUCGACGGCGUGGUGCAGGCACAACAGCUACACCACACCGUCGAGGGCGGCGACGAUGCCACUGGCGACGUCGUCAUAACGCCAGCUUCAAAAGCCCCCCCUGCUUGGGUCGCCAAAUACUCUUUGCGGAGCCACUUCGACGCUAUUCGUGCUGUCACCUUUCAUCACUCCGAUCAAAUUGUCCUAACUGGCAGUGAGGACUGUACUUUAAGGUUAUGGAGCCUUGCAAAAAGAGUACAGGCCAAAAAGUCCUCCUGUCUAGACAUGUACACUUGUCGCGGGCACACAUCACCGGUUCUCUGUGUAGCACUUUUAAGUGUGUCGCCGUCAGCAAGCGAUGUCAGUAUCGACUCAAGCAACAGCAGCCCCCUUGAUGCCACUCUAGAAAGCAAUUUUGCCUUCUCCGGUUCACUAGAUGGGGAAAUUCGCUCUUGGCGUUUCGGCGGUUUGCAGCUUAUGCUUUACGAAAACUUUGACUCCAGCGUUAGCGGUCCUCUGCUAAAGGGGCAUUCUGACGCCGUCUGGUCUCUUGCUGUCCGGGUGAGUCAGACGCCUACGUUUGACAAGGGUGUAGGCACCCACCUAGUUGGACGUCAACCCUCCUGCCGUGGGGGUGCGAUAGCUGAUGGUUCAGUAUUGUCCGCAUCAGCCGAUGGCACAGUUCAACUGUGGAAUGCAUUCCCAGCGUUGUUGCAGCAGCCACAGCCCUUCUGCAAGGACACAAACGUCUUGUCGGCGGUGCGCGUCUUUCGACCGAUCAGCUCUGGUGGUGUUGCUGUACCGACGUCUGUGGUUUUCCUUCCGAAUGAAAGCAACCUGUCGGCUGAUGAUUCUUUUGCUGUUGGUCUGACGAGCGGCGAUGUUUGCAUUAUUCAGCUUGAGACCAAACGCCAAGUGCAUCGUUUCGAACCAACUCACUCUAAAUCCGGUAUAGAUUUAAAUGCAUGUGUAAACAACAUUGCGUUCCCACAAAAGUGUGCCCUUUUGGUCAUUCGAACAUUUUUUUUGAAAUUCAUUGCUAUGCAGGAAGGACUCUGCUCUAAGACUACCGAUGUGACAGAACCCCCAGGAUCUGUGAACGCACUCUGUGUUCAUCCAUCUCAACCCCUUCUUAUUGCUGCCCACGAAAAUCGUCAAAUCCGCUUCCUCGACACAACACAAGGCACAUGUUUGCACUGCAUGGUCGCGCAUUUGGAGGGUGUCACUUCUCUUGCUAUCGAUCCGAGGGGCAUUUACCUUCUUUCUGCCAGUAAGUCGUCACCCCUCCCUCCAUACGGUCACGAUUCUUCAAUUCGGUUGUGGGAUAUUGAGAGCCGAACGUGCGUGCAGGAGUUUACAAGUCACCGGAAGAAGUAUGACGAGUCGAUUCACUCAGUGGCCUUUCACCCCUCGCGACCCCUCAUCGCCAGUGCGGGAGCAGACGGUCUGGCAAAGGUCUACGUCUGA